UUGAAUUUUAAACCAUAAAGAGUCCUCGUUCUGCGUUUCCCGUCGAUUUAUCUGCUGAUAAUAGAUACUUUUAUGAACGAGUACUAAUAUACAUUUAAGAAUAAUCAAAUUUAUUGUAUCAUUCGUUUGGUUCUGGCAUCGUCUGCUUUAGUCUUUUAAAAAUGGCGCUCUGAAAUCGAGGAUUUGUUAUCCAUGGGUCCGAAGUAUGUUUCAGCGCAUUCACCGAUCGGCCCAGUUUACCAGAAAUAUUUUGCCGGCGGUGAAGAGUCUCUACGUUAAACAGGAUUCUAGGCUUGUGUCGUCCUUGCCCCUCAGAAUGACCGACCCGGCCGUGAAGAGGGUUGUGAGGGACAUCAUCCGCUCCCCUGAAGACAAGCGGCUGUACCGGGGCCUGGAGUUCACCAAUGGGCUGCGGGCCCUGCUCAUCAGCGACCCCACCACAGACAAAUCCUCUGCCGCCAUGGAUGUCCAAAUAGGUUCGUUAUCGGACCCGUCCAACAUCUCUGGGCUGGCCCACUUCUGUGAGCACAUGCUGUUCCUCGGCACAGAGAAGUACCCAAAGGAGAACGAAUACAGCCAGUUCCUCAGCGAGCAUGCCGGCAGCUCCAACGCCUUCACCAGCGGCGAGCACACCAACUACUACUUUGACGUGUCCCAUGAGCACCUGGAAGGAGCCCUCGACAGGUUCGCACAGUUCUUCCUGUGCCCGCUUUUUGACGAGAGCUGCAAGGACCGGGAGGUCAAUGCCGUGGACUCUGAGCACGAGAAGAACCUGAUGAAUGACGCCUGGAGGCUGUUCCAGCUGGAGAAGGCCACGGGUAACCCCGAUCAUCCCUUCAGCAAGUUUGGAACAGGGAACAAGCUGACCCUGGAGACGCGGCCGUCCAAGGAGGGCGUGGACAUCCGGCAGGAGCUGCUGAAGUUCCACUCCACCUACUACUCGUCUAACCUCAUGGGUCUCUGCGUGCUAGGGAGAGAAUCUCUGGAGGACUUGACCUCCAUGGUGGUGAAGCUUUUCGGAGAGGUGGAGAACAAGAACGUUCUCCCCGAGUUCCCCGAGCAUCCCUUCCAGGAGCAGCACCUCAGGCAAUUCUACAAAGUCGUCCCCAUCAAGGACAUCAGGAACCUGUACGUGACGUUCCCCAUCCCCGACCUGCAGCAGUACUACAAGUCCAACCCAGGGCACUAUCUGGGCCACCUGAUUGGCCACGAGGGACCAGGAAGUCUGUUAUCGGAGCUCAAGUCUAAAGGCUGGGUGAACACGCUGGUGGGCGGGCAGAAGGAGGGAGCCAGAGGCUUCAUGUUCUUCAUCAUCAACGUGGACCUGACCGAGGAAGGCCUUCUGCACGUGGACGACAUCAUCUUCCACAUGUUCCAGUACAUCACCAAGCUGCGCACGGAGGGGCCUCAGGAGUGGGUGUUCCAGGAGUGCAAGGACUUGAAUAACGUGGCCUUCCGGUUCAAGGACAAGGAGCGUCCCCGUGGAUACACGUCCAAAGUAGCCGGCCUUCUGCACUACUACCCGCUGGAGGACACGUUGGCGGCAGAGUACCUGCUGGAUGACUUCCGGCCAGACCUGAUCGAGAUGGUGCUGGAUAAGCUGAGACCGUAGCACGUCAGGGUGGCGGUGGUCUCCAAGUCGUUUGAGGGCCAGACGGACAAGAAGGAGGAAUGGUACGGCACAGAGUACAAGCAGGAGGCCAUCGCCGAAGAGGUGCUGCAGAAAUGGGCGAGUGCGGACGUCAAUGGAAAGUUCAAGCUGCCCAUGAAGAACGAGUUCAUCCCCACCCAGCUUCGCGAUACCCCCCCCACCCCCUACCCACCCGCCCUUGAAAAGGACCCCCCGCCCGUCCCCACUGACACUGCCAUGAGCAAGGUGUGGUUCAAACAGGAUGAUAAGUUCUUCCUGCCCAAAGCCUGCCUGAACUUUGAGUUCUCAGGUAACCCCUUUGCCUACGUGGACCCCUUGCAUUGUAACACCUAUUUAUACCUGGAGCUCCUCAAAGACUCCCUCAACGAGUAUGCAUAUGCAGCCGAGCUGGCCGGCUUGAACUAUGACCUCCAAAACACCAUCUAUGGGAUGUAUCUCUCUGUGAAGGGCUACAACGACAAGCAGCACAGUAUGCUGCUUGCAGCAAGUAUAUGCGGUCCCCUGAACAACUUCCGGGCGGAGCAACCACACCAGCACGCCAUGUACUACCUCCGCCUGCUCAUGACCGAAGUGGCCUGGACCAAAGACGAGCUGCGGGAGUCUCUGGAGGAUGUCACUCUCCCACGCCUCAAAGCCUUCAUACCGCAACUGUUGUCACGGUUACAUAUCGAAGCCCUUCUCCAUGGCAACAUCACCAAGGAGUCUGCGCUGGGCAUGAUGCAGCUGCUGGAGGACUCCCUCAUCGAGCAGGCUCACACCAAGCCCCUCCUUCCCAGCCAGCUGAUUCGCUACCGGGAGGUGCAGGUGCCGGACGGGGGGUGGUACGUGUACCAGCAGAAGAACGAGGUGCACAACAACUGCGGCAUUGAGAUCUACUACCAGACGGACAUGCAGACGACCCGGGAGAACAUGCUGCUGGAGCUCUUCUGCCAGAUCAUCUCGGAGCCCUGCUUCAACACGCUGCGCACCAAGGAGCAGCUGGGCUACAUCGUGUUCAGCGGGCCGCGGCGGGCCAACGGCGUGCAGGGCCUGCGCUUCAUCAUCCAGUCGGAGAAGGCGCCCCACUACCUGGAGAGCCGCGUGGAGGCCUUCCUGGUCACCAUGGAGACGGCGGUGGGCGAGAUGAGCGACGAGGCGUUCCAGAAGCACAUCCAGGCGCUCGCCAUCCGCCGCCUCGACAAGCCCAAGAAGCUGGCGGCCGAGUGCGCCAAGUACUGGGGCGAGAUCAUCUCCCAGCAGUACAACUUCGACCGCGAUAAUAUUGAAGUGUCCUACCUGAAGACCUUAACGAAGGAGAAUGUAAUGCAGUUCUACCGGGACCUGCUGGCCAUGGACGCCCCCAGGAGGCACAAGGUGUCUGUCCACGUGCUGUCCAGAGAGAUGGAGACCUGUCCCGUCGUGGGGGAGUUCCCCGCCCAGAAUGACAUCGCCUUGGCCCCCGCCCCCUCCCUACCCUCGCCCACCGUGGUGCAGGACAUGACGGACUUCAAGAGGAACCUGCCCCUCUUCCCUCUGGCUAGACCCCACGUCAACUUCAUGGCCGCCAAACUGUGAAGCAUCCCCCCCCCCCCCCCCCCCCCCCGGACCCUCAUCCCCUCCAUCACCCACUCCACCUCCACCCACCAGCCACCGUCUCCCACACCUCCUGAGGGGGCAACACCUGGGCAGGACCUGGGGGCGCGUGGAGGAGAGGCAGGGGGGGGCGGGGGGGGGGGGAAGAGCGUGCAUGAGCAUGCUCCACUCCAUGCAGUGGAACUUUAGGCACACAGACACACACGUACACACAGACACGCACACACACUCACACAUAAACACGCGUCAAAUUACGUCAAGGCAGAACUGUUUUAAUAGAGUGUAUCACACGGAUGCUGCGCAACGAUAGGUUCUUUCUUUUUGUCAUGAUGGACAUUAAGCUGUAGCAAUCCAGGACAUUAGCUCACAUGAAGGUCUUUUAUUUUUAUCUUGCGUUUUCGUGUUUUGUCUUUUAACACUUAUGUUGCGUAUCGACCGCUUGAGGCUCCACGAUCACCCCCCGCCCCCAAAACGAUGAGCCCUGACGCCGUCGCGCGACAGAAGUUAUAUUUUAUUGAGGUCCAUGUGUAUUGAGGAAUGUUUGCCUCGUGAGGGAGGGUUUUAAUCAAAGGUUGGAAAGGUUUUGAAAUGUCUUGCUAGAAUGCUGGGAUCGUCAGAGUGCUCCUAUAAUCUGCUUGUUUUUGGUUGAGAAAGCAUGCCCCUGAAACGUUUGAUUUUAAACCUUUAUCGUUUUGUUUAUUCUGUUUUUCUAGAGUUGUGAAAUAUAUGGACUUCAUCUCAGGGGUUCCCCUACUUGCUUUUUGUUUUUAUCAGUAAAUAAAAUGAUUUUAAUUGACAUCCUUCCUUUCCCCUAGCACUAUCUGUCAAAGCGGUGGUAGGAUUCUCCUUUUAUUGGCCGGUUAAAGACAGGGAGGUCUUCGUUAUUGCUUAGGGUCUUCAGUUUGCUUUCAGAGAGGGUGGUAUGUGCCUUUCUAAAGGAUUGCUGUGGCUGUCUAGACUUGGACUUUGGAUAAGGAAUAUAUAUCUGCUAUAGGCCUCAUGUAAACUAUAGCCUGCUCUCCUUUACUGUCAUUUAUCCCGCAUCUUCUUAACUAAGCUGCUCUCACUCUGUGGCAGCUAUAGCACCGACCCCGCGUUAUGAUCAGAGCGAAUACACAUAUAUUGAUGGCAGGAAAGACACGCAAAAAAAAAUGAAGUUAUUUUUGACACGACCAUCCUAUAUGCACUUCCGUCAUUUAAGCAAUAAAACGUGGGAUCUGGCGAUCGGUUUGAAAAUAUUAAAAUCACCUUUCUCCGCACUAUUGACUAGUAUUGCCACGACAGCCAUGUCCGCAUGCUGUGCUCCCAGCGGACCGCGUUCUCAUUUUUUUAAUAGGUCCAUGGUUCUCACACAGCCUAGAAGAACAGUGCAGGGAACCGCAGUCACGCUGGGCCGACGGCGUGGCCCGACUCUCUCAGGUGCUAACCGGCCUUCGCCAAGUCAAGACUGCUGGCUGGGAAAUGCUGUCACUUCACGGCCAAAGUCCGUUUUGUCAUUUUUUUUUCGUUCAUCCACCCGUGUACCGUUUCUCUCAGGCCUAGUAGUUCGACCAUCUGCAGUAUUCAAAAUACAAAUAAACGAUGCUUAUUUAGUUACCGAAAACUUCUCCAGCGUUUUCCAGCAUUUUAUUAUUUCUUGACUAACCAAAGCGAAUAACGUCCCUAAUGAAUUUGAUUUGAAUGCAACCUCUUACGCGCAUGAUCCGUUGCAACAUUAACAGAAACGAUUGAUUCUGGUGGAAACUGUCAACCAGCAGCAACAGAAGGUCAACAAACGUUGCCCAAUGAUUCCAGCCUUCGGCAAGCCAAUUUUACACAUCCACCCAAAAGUUGAAUGUACAUCAUGGUGUACAAUCGAACUGAAGCAUUAAAGGUACAUACUUUGCCUCAAUUUUCAUAUCCAGUGAUGCAACACUGUAGUUUGUCUCCUGUUUAUAAUUAAUAAAUGAUGUAAUUGAA